CCUGUCAUGAACUUUGUUCGAUUUUCCCGCAGCAUGACGACGGUCAUGCGAAUAAGUUAGCAUUGAUGUAUGUAAAGCACACGUACGAACAAAGGAGACUGUCCCUAAUGUUACAAUAUAUAAAUAUAUAUACACACACACAUAUAUAAAUAUAUAUCGGCGCCGACGUUACUGUGAUUGAUGUUUGACUACAGAUCGAGAUACGGCUGACGUUAGAUAUUGGUUUUGACCUCUUUAUCGCGGGUGAUUCUCGCAGAAUAGUGUUAGCGAGCAAAGACCGUCGUUUUCCCGGUUGGACUGAAGGAUAUUUAGACGUGCGUACCGCCGCAGCAGCUGAGACAUGGUUUUGCAUAGGUUAUUGGCCUUUGAACCGAUGGCGGGAGCACCCGUGCAGGCUAACCAGCAGGAUGGCGUUGCGGGCGGGCAGGAUGAGGAGGAGGCUCGUUUGUCGCCCAUUCACUCACUCCACAUAAAACCCCCGAUAUCAUCGCCACCUCCCCCUAUACUCAGUCCUGAAGGCAUGGACUGCUUCGGCAACGAGAGAUCCGCGCUCUCGGAGCAGGCAAAGUUUUACGACAAUCCGUUGCUGAGCGACGUGUUGUUGAAGGUGGGAGAGAUGCGGUUUAACGCGCACAAACUCAUCCUAGUCCGGGCUAGCGAAGUGUUCGAGCGAAUGCUUAGCUCCGAUUGGACCAAUCCACGUCUACGGGUGUGCAUUGCGUUUGCGUGCUCUCAUAUCAUUCCCAAGCUGCAGCUGAAGGAAGUGUUCCACAUAUGGUUCCAGUACGCGACCAAAUGCUACCACGAGAACCUGAUCAACUCUUGCAUACAGGCUCUGUCCGAGAAGAUGGAUGACAUCACGUUCUCGCUUGAAUGGGAGCCGGAGUGGAUGAACCUCGAUAAGGACCAGCUGGUCGAGUUCCUCAGCAGCUCGGACCUGGUGAUCAAGGACGAGUACGAGCUGUGGCUGGCCGUACUGCGAUGGCUACAGACACCCCUACACCCGACGCGCCUGCUCAAUCAGGAGAGGUUACUGAGGGAUCUGCUGCCACACGUUCGCUUUCCCAUGAUGACCGCUGACCAGCUCUGCGACGUAGAGAAAAGUAAGGUCGUUGAACAGUAUCGACCGAUCGUUAUGCCCUACUUGGUCACCGCCUACAAGUUCCACGCGUUGUCUCUUAGUAGCAGAGUCCAGUGCAAGGACUUCACAGGCUCUCGUUUCCUGCUACGCAGCUACACGGAGCUGCGGUGGGACCGCCGCGUCACCAUCCACAACUACAGCCAGCUACACCGCUGCAGUGAGGUCGUCGUCAGACUAAAUACUAGGUCAUCGUCGUUUCCGUCGCAGACGUGGGAUUGGGAAUUAAAGAUCUAUCCGAAGGGCUACUCGUCGACGAAUGAGGACUUCCGCUGCAUCCUCUAUUCGAACGUGAUUCUCGACCAGCCCCGGGCCGUCGAGUUCAUGCUGUCGAUUACCGACGAGACGAAGCUGCUGCGCACCGUCACCGGCAAGAAGAACUUCUCAAAGACGCGCUACACGGCCGACACGGAGAUCGACAAGAAGGUGACGCUGCACGAGCUCAUGGAGCCGGACUCGGCGAUGCUCGUCAACGAUACCCUCGUCAUGCAGUUGACGCUCAAGCCGGCCGAAUAGAUGCGCGAAAUACGUUUGCAUAUUGCAUCAUUGUUCGUCUCUUUCUGCGUUCAUUUCUGGAAGCGGGGUGGGGGGGGGGCUUAGUCGACGUCAGUGCUGUCCAUGCUUAUCUUAAUGAAGCAGGUUCUUGCAGUGGAGAUGGCUUCGAAGCAGUGUGAUGACGGAGAAACAGAUCGCUUGAAAUCGUGUUGGCUAGUAUGGUUGGUAUAGUAUUAGGAUAAAGAAAUCACUAUAUGGCGGCUGGCAGAUUAGUUUCUAAGCCUCAAUGGCAAUAUUUUUUAUUAUUCUCGACAGUCCAUACCUUUGAAAGGGUAUAUUUCAUUAAACCAAUCGUCAAAGCAAUAACAGUCUAACUACAGCUAGCAUUAGACGAAAAAUUGCCAGCCACUUUCUAGACAUUGCUAUGGCGUAAUAAUAGUGUUUGAAAUGUCAUUCAAAACAAUGAUGAGGAGUAUCUAUAAUUCGUUUUGAGUGACAGUUUUUGAAAUCAUAGUCAUUCGCCACACGUUGUUGAAAUUACAGAAAACAAACGAAAUGUGGUGGAAUAGGGGGCCUACUCCUGCAUAAUUGGUAGAGACGUAGAAAUAUCUCCUAUUAAAGCACCAUAUGUUAUCUCGUGAAUGCUAUAAAGCAUGAUAUAGGAAACCAUCAGUGUUAAAUAUAAAUAUAUGUAUUUGUAUAUAGAUAUUCUGUAUGUAUAGACACUGCCUGUUUGACGGCAUGAACAAAUUCAUUAUUCGUGUAAAUAGGACUGAACACCUGGUUGCAGUGAAAUAUACAGCAAGACAAUAAUGCGGCGUGGUAAAGAAGAGAAUUAAUGUAGACAAGGUGGAGUGGGAAUAGUGUAUGAGGUUAAGGUGGGCAAGGAUAAAGCAUGGGGAGGUUUACGUUUGGGUUUUAGUUACGUGUGGCCAAAUGGGGUCGACAGUGAAGUUUGUACAGCGUAUGAGAAUAAGGUUGUGGGCGGUUACGUCACCUGUAUAUAUGCGACAGGAGGUAUAGGUGCGGGCGGACAUACGGGAACUUUGCCACAUCCGGGACUUUCUUAACCUAGCAACCAGCUGUGCCGGUGAAAACAACAGCCUGUCUCUGUGAGCUUACAUACGCAAUACCCCAUUUCCAAACCAAAAGCAUAUUAAUUUCCUUGCAUAUAUGCCGAAAACUUGGGUAGUAGUAGGUUGUCACAAUCAUAUAUAUUGCACAGAUAAGAAAAGAUAUUUUUUUGAGUCGUGAUAAUUAAGUCAUAAGUGGCUGACUGCCACUUAAAUGUAAAUGAGUAAAUGAGUAAAUGUAAAUGGUACGCACUGGAGUCCGUCAAAAUUCUCCACUAUUUGU